UCAUUUCAGCAGCGCACCUCCUGUUUGAACUUUCACCCCUUCGUUUUCUUUUGUUUUGAUGUCGCAGAGCAUCAUUUAGGCUACCAAACACCGUUUUUUACUGUCUGUUUACUAAUGACACAGUCCUAGUGGAUACACUGAGUAUGUUUCAACUACGUCGAUCUAAGUUCUGCUCAAAUAUAAAGCUCGUUUAAAAUCUGUUUUCAACUGAAUCAGUCGUGCUAACUCGCUGGCGUUAGCUGUCCAGCUUCAACAUGAAGCUUUAUUUACUCCCAUUUUUCUAAUAUCCCCUUAAAGAACGGGUCGACAGUCAAUACAUUCAACGACUGAGUGUGGUUUUAAUUCCUCUGACGUCUUUGAGAAGCCUGUUUGGUCUAGUUUAAGACAACAGAGGACGGCGGUGUAGAUCUUUCAAUGGGCGAGGAGAAGCCAGAACCACUGGAUUUUGUGAAGGACUUUCAGGAGUACCUGAGUCAACAGACCCAACAUGUCAACAUGAUAUCUGGCUCUGUCAUCGGAGGGAAAGACAGUGAGGAUCUCCAAGGAGAACUUGGCCAGAAUGGCCUGGAGCACCCAGCAGUGGACAUGUCCUUAGAGGAUAGUUCAGGGAUGUUAGUGGAUGGCUUUGAGAGAACAUAUGAUGGCAAACUCAAGUGCCGCUAUUGCAACUACGCCACUAGAGGCACUGCAAGGUUAAUCGAACACAUUCGCAUCCACACAGGUGAAAAACCCCAUAGAUGCCACUUGUGUCCUUUCGCCUCAGCGUAUGAGCGCCACCUGGAGGCACACAUGCGCUCUCACACGGGUGAGAAGCCCUACAAAUGUGAGCUGUGCUCUUUCCGCUGCAGCGAUCGCAGUAACCUUUCUCAUCACCGGCGUCGAAGACACAAACUCCUUCCCAUGAAGGGCGCACGCUCUGCUAUCUCACACCGAAAAAUGCUCAGUGUCCUCCAGAAGAGAGGAAACUCUCUGGGUUAUGGCCGCCGGCUGCUCAUCAACCUCAGCCCGCCAUCCAUGGUAUUGCAAAAGCCCAACUUAGAGCAGCACCACUUGGGUGACUUCGGUCAUGAUCUGCCUCCUCACGCCCACCUCCAUCAGGAGGCCUUUAACAGUCUAGGAAAGGAUGCGCAAGUUGGUGGAGCAAUUGGAAGUGGCUCUAGGGAGGACCAGGACAUGGUCUUGGACAACCCGCUGAACCAGCUUUCGACUUUGGCCGGUCAGCUUGCCAGCAUCCCGUCUGAAGCUCAAGGUGCACCGGUAUCUCCUGGAGCAGAAUCUCUACCCGACGAAAAACCCACAUUCCUCGUCCAGCAGCCUGUGAUGGCACCCGCUGCCGUCUCUGUCAGCGCGGCUCAAGCUUCUUCUCCCAUCACCCCCGAGCCCAGACCGGCAGCCCACAGUGGCUGCAGCCCAGGGGUGGGACCCUGCAGCGAGAGAACCAGCACUCCCAGUGGUACCAACAGCCAGCCAGGGACGCCCACACCAGUACAGGACCCCCAGAUGCUCCACCACUGCCCCCACUGUCACAUAUAUUACCCCGACAACAUCCUCUACACCAUCCACAUGGGUUGCCAUGGUUACGAGAACCCUUUUCAGUGUAAUAUAUGUGGACACAGAUGCAGAAACAGUUAUGACUUUGCCUGUCACUUUGCAAGAGGCCAGCACAAAUAAGGACACAUGGGUGUUACCUUGCCAUGUUUUACAUAACAAUAAUACAAUUAUAGUAUCUGGAACAUUCCAAAGAAAAAAUUGGUUGACUAUUUUAUUGGAACUGUUAUUGGUAUGUUAUGAAGAAGUCAGUAAGCUACAUUUAGAGUGUACAUUUGUUGGUCUUUGAAAAGGCAAGAAAUGUGAAUGCGAAUGGUGUUCUCACAUCAAAAACUACCAUCCCAUUUUCCCAACUUUACAAUCAUUCAGAACACAGAUUUUGCCUCAAUUCUCUUUUAUAAGUGCCAGAGUUCAGUAAUCAGUGCCUACGGUUAUUUUCUGAAAGUUGACACUUUACAUUUUUUGUAUUAUUAUUAUUAUUAUUUUUACAUUUGGAAUUCAGUGACAUGAACGACAGUAAAUGUUACGGCUAUUCUUACGCUUUAGUUUAAGUGUAACAUGAUAUUGCCACAUUUAAUAUUUCUUUCCUCUAAUUUAUGAUAAAUGAUCACAAAUUAUUACUUGCUUAUUGGUUGAGAGAGCUACAUUAUUUAGGCUUAACUUAAAUCAACAAGGUUGAGAUUGAAAAGAAAAUAUAUAGCACAGAUAAGUAACCUGGCUGUUUAGCAGUGAGAAAUAGUGUCCUGUAGGAUUGUUGUUCAAAUUGAUCAUUUUAGUGACCUGAGGUCUUCUUACUUAGCACCAUAGCACAUGGCUGUAUACACUGGUUUUGUAAAGCAGUGUUAAUGAUUGUGUUUGAGCAGUGUGGGCACACUGUUCUCUCUUUCAUUCUCUCGCCGUCAUCGCUACCACCUGUGCCAUUCUGUAGAUGUUAUUUGUAAUGUUUUUGGAAAUGUCUGUGGUGCUACUAUUUAAACAUUUCAUGUUUCUGUCUGCAUAAUGAACUAAAUUAUCAGAAAAGUAUUGAAUAACAUGUUUUGGUGGAUUUGAUGUUGAAUGUUAAUAAACCUGACUUAUGCGAAGUGUA